GGCAGAGAGGGGAUCGUCAAAUCGCUUUACCAACACCCAAACCCGACACCCCAAACAAACGCGGUAGCGAAAAGAUCGUCCGCCGAAUGAUAGACAAAUGUCGGCUAUGACAGUACCGCGGCGGCCGUGGAUGCUGCAAUCGUUUUUGCGAUUAUUUUUUGCAAAAACCGCGGUCCAUUGAUGUCGCGCCAGUGGUGACGGGAUUUUGUUUUACACGCGGGGGCGGUCGUUACCGAACGGAGUAACGAAAUGAGGCGAAACAUAAAAAUCAUGCUCGUUUUCACCGUAAUAUGGAUGUUUGUUAUUAUUUAUUAUCUCCCGAUUGCCGCAAACAAUGGAAACAAGACUGAAAACCGAGCACUGAGACUGAAAGAAGAAUACAUCUCCGCAGAUUCUCUAAACGUGGUUGCCGCUUCUGCUAGUGCUUUUAAUAGCGAUGGUCCAGAACUACCGGACGAUAGCAAUUAUCCUCUGGCACUACAAAACUUCGAAACUACCGACGGUCGAUUGACUUGGAACUACUUUGACGAACUCGGAUACAUUGCCCGAGCAGGAUUGAAGCAGGGCGAAGAUCCUUACGUUAGGAAUAGGUUCAAUCAGCAAGCCAGCGACAGUUUGCCCAGCAAUCGGGAGAUACCGGACACGAGGGACCCAGCAUGUCGGAGCAGACGGUGGAGAACAGAUCUCCCUGCUACUAGCGUAAUUAUUACCUUUCACAACGAAGCAAGAUCCACCCUUCUUCGCACCGUUGUAAGUGUAUUGAAUCGGAGUCCAGAACGUUUGAUACACGAAAUCGUUUUAGUGGAUGACUUCAGUGACAAUCCCGCCGACGGGGAGGAACUGGCCAAAAUUCAAAAAGUCCGCGUGUUGAGAAACGAUAAACGCGAGGGUCUGAUGAGGUCCAGAGUGAAAGGUGCCGACGCCGCGAAAGCUGCUGUCCUCACUUUCCUCGAUAGCCAUUGCGAGUGCAACGCGAAUUGGCUCGAACCUCUUCUCGAAAGAGUUGCCGAGGACCCGACAAGAGUCGUUUCACCGGUUAUCGACGUUAUAAGUAUGGAUAACUUUCAAUACAUCGGCGCGUCUGCCGAUUUAAGAGGCGGCUUCGAUUGGACGAUGGUGUUCAAGUGGGAGUUUCUCAGUUACGCUGAGAGGGAGAGCCGAAAAAAGGAUCCAACUCAAGAGAUUAGAACGCCCAUGAUUGCUGGCGGUUUAUUCGUGAUAAACAAGGCGUAUUUCAAUAGACUGGGAAAGUAUGAUAUGCAGAUGGACGUAUGGGGAGCUGAAAAUUUUGAAAUAUCAUUCAGAGUGUGGCAGUGCGGUGGUACAUUAGAAAUUGUUCCUUGUAGUAGGGUGGGGCAUGUAUUUAGGAAAAAACAUCCGUACACGUUUCCCGGGGGCAGCGGAUCAGUUUUUGCAAAAAAUACUCGACGAACCGCAGAAGUAUGGAUGGACGACUACAAAAACUAUUAUUACGCUGCUGUUCCGCUGGCCAAAAAUGUACCUUAUGGGGAUGUUAGCGAACGUUUAAAUCUUCGUCGAAAACUUCAGUGUAAGCCAUUCAAGUGGUACCUCGACAAUAUAUAUCCCGAACUUGCCGUACCGUCGACGGUUCCGCGUCCCGGCGAGAUCAGACAGGGCUCGUUUUGUCUGGACACCUUGGGACACAUAUUGGACGGGGGAGUUGGAAUUUACCAGUGCCAUCAUAGUGCCGGAAAUCAGGAUUGGGUUCUAACUGAUAGCGGACUCCUCAAACACCAAGACCUUUGUCUUACACUAAUCAAUUUAGUUAAAAGCUCAGAACCGGUUAUGAGGAUAUGCGAAGGGUCAGAUUUCCAAAGGUGGCAACUUAUUCAGCCGGGCGGUCUGAUACGACACGCGAAAUACCCCUUGUGUUUGGACACGAGGGACAAUGACAUUAGGGGUGUGACUGUUGAAAGAUGUAACAGUGCUAUAGAAACUCAACGGUGGCAGUUAGCGACAAUUUAGUUAGUAAG